AUGGAGAUGAUGGCCAUGGCUAUGCAGCAACAGAAUGCCUAUUUUGCUAGGGUAGAGGCGGAUAGAGCUGCGGCUGGUGCAGCAAGGCCCACUGGGUCACUGGAGAGCCAGGACCUAGCCGAGUUCCGGAAGUGCCAUCCUCCACAGUUCAGAGGAGAUGCAGAUCUAGAGGUAGUUGACCACUGGAUUCGUGAGCUGGAGAAGAUUUUUAUAGUGCUGGGCUGUUCACAGGAGAGGAGGUUGACAUAUGCUGUAUAUAUGCUGGUUGGGGAGGCAGAGCAUUGGUGGAGAGGUACCCAUCACAUGCUGACCGCCAGAGGGGUGGUUGUUGACUGGGAAUGCUUCAAGAGGAUGUUCCUGGAGAAGUAUUUCCUCGAGAGUGUGAGGCAUGCCAAGGAAGCUGAGUUCAUGCGGUUACACCAAGGAGGGAUGACUGUUUCUGAAUAUGCGAUGAGAUUCGAGCACUUGGCUCGUUUUUAUUCGCAAGGUAUAGCUGAAGCCUGGAAAUGUCGGACGUUUGCGGAGGGUCUGAAAUAUGAUCUGAAGAGGGUGGUGGUGCCUAUGGCCAUCACAGAGUUUCCAGCCUUAGUGGAGAAGGCGAAGGUAGUUGAGCGGUUGGAAGGUGGUAACUGCGGGGUGAAGACUGCUGAGGGACUAGCUGGGUCCAAGAAAGGCGGGAACCAGAGGAAGCCGUAUGAUAGGCCCCAACCUCAACAAGGGAGUCAUGUUAUUAGACAACCUUCUGGUGCUGCAGGUGGAGGGAGGCAGGGUGGAGGUGCCACUCUGAGAUGCUAUAGGUGUGUCGAGCCCCACUUUGUCAAGGAUUGCCCGCACACUGAGAGUCGUUGUUUCAGAUGCCACCAGAUGGGCCAUGAGUCGACCAACUGUCCUACUAGAGGUAGACUAGAGAGGGGUGAUGCGCAGAGGAGUGGUGCCUAG